AUGCUGUUAUGUUUCCUACACUUCAUCACACUUGUUCUGGCAAAUGACAUAAUAUUGGUGGAGCGAGAUUGUAAGGUAAAGCCCAACGAUGUGUGCGCCAAUGAAUGUAGAAAGUGUGUGUCUGCUACAAAAGAGAAUCUUCCCGGGCUCGUGUCCCAGUUAAAAUUAAGAAAUAUUUCACAAGCAGCUGUGUGCGGGUACAACGGUAUACCAGGCAAUUUCGUGGUAAAAAAGGAUGGGAAUGUCGAAUGCUACGGUGAUGAUGACGAUGAUAUUCACUAUGUCUUUUGCUACGCGGAUUACAAACCGCCCGUGUGCAGGACUAAAGAAUGUGAACCAGUUUCGUGUUGUUCAUCCUCAGGUAAGCUCUCCCCGUGUUGGCCCCCAUCAUUUAAUUCGUCAUCGUGCUGGAAACCACCGUUCAGGCCGUCAUCGUGCUGUAAACCACCAUUCAGGCCGUCAUCGUGCUGGCAACCACCAUUCAGGCCGUCAUCGUGCUGGCAACCACCGUUCAGGCCGUCAUCGUGCUCUUCAUUCUCUUCCUGUUCAAAAUUAUGGCGACCCGAUCAUCACAGGCCACAAUGUCCAACAUUCCGAUUCCGAAAAUGCUGUGUUGAUCAGUGUGGACGCGUAACCAAAAGAAUUUCUGGGUGCAUUUCGUGUUACAAGCCUAGGAGACACCACGGAUACGACUAUGACCACGAUUAUGAUUAA